AUGUGGAGCCAAACAGCAAGCACCACCAGCUUCAUCCAGGCAAGGAAGAGUGUGCAGCAUUUGAGAAUGGAGCCUCCACUGAGAGAGUUAAAAGUUUCACGGGUGUCCUCCUGGGAGGAGCACCCCAGGAGCGACCCCUUGCUGAUAGGGAUAGCAACCUCAGAAACCCCUUUCAAGGAUAAAAACACUUGCAAUAUCUUAUAG